UUUGUUUGUUUCAGGGCUGCCACUCAGUCGCAGACCCGCCUCCUCCUCCUCCUCCUCCUCCUCCUCAGCAGCAUCCAGGUCUCCUCCGUCCACUCAACAGGUUGAUCCAACAUGCCGAGUCGAAGCCCGUGUCUCCGUCCCAGGCUGUGCGCGCUGGACAAAGGGGACAACGGCUACGGCUUCCACCUCCACGGGGAGAAAGGCAAAACCGGACAGUUCAUCCGGUUAGUGGAGCCCGACAGUCCGGCAGAAAGCUCCGGGCUGCGAGCCGGAGACCGGCUGGUUUUUGUGAACGGAGAGGACGUGGACGGCGAGAGCCACCAGCAGGUCGUGUCCCGGAUACGAUCCACCGAGGGCCGGCUGGAGCUGAUCGUGGUUGAUCCGGACACGGAGCAGCUGCUGAAGAAACACAACAUGAAGUGUCUGAAAGAGUUUGUCACCGACGGAAUCCCGGUACCCUGCGAGGAGGAGGAGGAGAAAGAGGAGGAGGAGGAGGAGGAGGAGGAGGAGGAGGAGGAGAAAGAGGAGGAGGACCGGGGUGAGACACGCGGGAGAGGAGUGGAGGUGGAGGCCGUGGUGGUGGAGGGGACACCCAGGGAGUCCACGCCGGUCCCGGAGACAAACGGGGAAAUCCACGAGCACGUGGAGAAAAAACUGAGCAUCAACUGUGACGAGAAAGCGUCCACAUCUCUGCGACCACGUCUCUGCGUGAUCCAGCAAGGGUCUAAUGGAUACGGCUUCAAUCUGCACAGCGAGAGGGCGCGGCCGGGACAGUACAUCAGGGCUGUGGACGAGGACUCUCCCGCAGAGAGAGCAGGCCUGCAGCCCAAGGACAGGAUAGUUCAGGUAAAUGGUGUGACAGUAGAGGGGAAGACGCAUUCAGAAGUGGUGGCUGCCAUUAAAGCGGGUGGGAGUGAGACCCACCUUCUGGUUGUCGAUCCCGAAGCAGACACCUUCUUCAAACGGUGCAGAGUGACUCCGACCUUGGACCACCUCACUGGUCCACUGCCUGAGCCGGCUGUUAAUGGAGGGAUGGACGACAAGGUGAACUGUAAAGAGGCCAUCGAAUCAGAGAGGCACUCAAAGCUGUCAGUCAGUCCUUCUCCAUCCAAUGCAUCAUCCAACGCUUCGCUUACAACUCCACCCACAAACACUCUACCUGAGGGUUUGGUUGUUGAUACCAUCCCAGCUCUCAACCUGAGCCUCCAGCAGGUCAAAGAGCUCGCUCACCAGAAACGUUCCAACAAGAGAGCACCACCCAUGGACUGGACCAAGAAAAAUGAACUCUUCAGCAACCUAUAGGCCACCACACACACACACACACACACACACACACAUACACAUACUGACCCCAAACACCCACACAGAUUCUAUUAUAGCCCCUCUGACCCACAUAAGUUUAGAACGAGCCUUUCUAUAAAAUAUUGUAUUAUUAUUAUUCUUCAUGAUGCUAUAUUCCAGAUAUUAUAUGUAGAGGAUCGUGUUCUACUAACCAUGGAAGAUGCAAAUGCCAAUGAACGAGAGAUCAGAGGGUGGUGUGAACAAGAGAUCACGGUGUGUGUGUGUGUGUGUGUGUGUGCUCUCAGAGGGCCUGAUAUCCAGAGUUUGAUUCCUGUGGAAAUUAGCUGGAGGACAUUGACAUGGGGUUAAUGACACAUGGCUUCUGUUCAUCCAUUUCUUAACCAUAUGUAAAAACAUUAAAGUGUCUCAUGUUAAGAACAUUGGCACCAGUCAAAUAAAAGCAGCCUGACAAUCA